CUUUUGAUUCCGCAAAUCCUCCCUGUUUCCACUUCAUCUAUCAACCACAUCUCCCACUUAUUCACUUGAAUCGAUCUUGAACCAAUUUCAAAUUAUCUUCUUGUUGAUCUCCUUGGAACCCUUCCCAAAUUCACUUUCAUAAACUCAGAAUGGUUCAAUUCUCCGAGGAGACCAAGGAGCGCGUCUCAAAGGUCAUUGAUAUUUCUCGGGUUGCAAUUCACUACGGAUACUUGCCUCUGAUUGUCUAUCUGGUUAACAAAACCCCCAAAAAAACAGGCUACACCUAUAGCGAGCCCAAGCCAACAUUGUUCAGGUACGCUUCAACUCCUUGGAUUCUAGCUGUUAUGACUAACCUGAUACCUAGAUUGUUCUCGCCUCUUGCGUAA